AUGGCGAACUGUGACUAUUUACAAACUCAGCUAACAUCAGUCUUGAACUCGCUUGUGAAAAUUGCGGUCGUAGAACUACUGAGAAUUGUAGAGGAUAGCGCUGUUGAACUUCGUCUGGAGGUGUCCAAGAGUAAAUUUGAGAACGAAGCACUGAAAAAUGAGAACGAAUCUAACAAAAAUAAGUUACAGCGUUUGGAAGCAGAACUGUGGACAGCGGGGAAUCGACCAUGUUCCAUUUGUAAUCGUUGUGUUGGAAUUCCAGGUCGCGGUAAAGGUAGGUAAACUGGCUAACAUAGUUAGCCAAACUAGCUUACGUUAGUUUAAUUGCUUGCAAUGGUGGGGGCGUUGCAAACUGGACAGUGAAUGGAUAAGCAAGAUACAGUAUCUAGCUAGUUAACGGUAGCUUGUUAAUGGUGUUUCUUCUGUGUGUGGCCCAGGUGGAUACGUCAGUCCCAAAAGAGAUCAAGAUGCUGUUGGUCCUCCUAAUUCUUCAGAGGAGGACGAUGCAUCAUCAUGGCUGCAACAAUCUGCUCAUACAAUGGAAGAGGUAGCUAACUAACCUAGAGUGCUACCUAGCUAAUGUCAUAAUAGCAGUCUAUUACCUAAUAUGUUUAGUUAGCUAGCUAGAUGCUAGCCCUUGAUCAUUCUCUGUUCCAUUACACAUAACGUUGUCAUUGGACGAAGGCGUGUUCUGUACAGUUUUGUUAAGAGCCCCGACGCUCAAUCUGAACAAUAACAGGCAUUGCUUGCGUUGUUGUACGGUUUUGGAAGCAUAAGGACCUUAGCAUUCAUAUCAGCUAGAAAUAACUUCCAAGAAACAAAAGGUUAAAUUGAUACACACCUUUUUAUAGGGUUAUCUACAUAUGAAAGUGUGUGUUUAUGGAAGACAGAGCGACCACCUCUGUUAUUAGUUAUCUAUCAUUCACUUAACACCUGUGUGUAACGGAAGAAGGCUGCCAGAAACGUGUUGUCGCUGAAUCAUACUGUCAACUACAACUGUGAUAAAGCCGGUUAAAACAGUGUAUAUUUUGCAUCUGUGAAAUUAUUUUAAAUGUGAUAUGAAAGUAAAAUGAAACGAUUCACGUUUAUAUGGAGUAUUUGGCUGUUUUGGCUGCCAUAGCCAGUCUACAUCUGAAAAAACAGGCCUAAGGUCCUUGGACCUUAAGGAUCAGGUAGGCUCCUUAAGAGUACAUCUUGGGCUAGAUGGAUGCAUCAUUUCCAUGUGCAUUUUCUUUCAUGGUCUGUAUGCAAACAUGUGGGACUUAAUUCUACUGUACUUGAUUCAGACUACAGCCAUGGAGAGGGAUGGGAUUCAAAUCGUUGUCAUUAAGAACGAAGCGGGACAUGAAGGCACACAACGGAAGAAAGACACACAGGCUGGAAUUUCAACAGAAGGUAACAAUUCAUAAUUGUCUCAAAUGUAGAAAGUAUUGUUACAUCAGGUCCUAUUGUCAAUGGUUUGAAAUAAUGUACUUCAAACUGUACUACACCUCAUGAGUCCUACACCUCAUAUUUACAAAGCUUGUGUGUCUGUUUGCAGGUGAGCAGCUGUGUCCCAAAGUGGACAUGGUGUAUGGCAAGGAGUGGAGCCAAAACCUGUGGCGAGACGGAGAUGCUGUCAAGGAGGACUCUGCAGGACCAUCGGUGACCCAUCGACAGGUCAGUUCUCUUUCUCGAAGACAGAGGUUCUUAUCUGAAUAAAGGCCUGUAGGCUUUACAUACACAAGCUGUUGACAGGGUUGGGAGUGUCAGAUUGAGACCUACAGCCACAGAAUUAGAACAUAACAUUUUUCUCGACAUCUUCAGUACAAAGUGUGAUGAUGACGCAGGGGCAUCAUAUGCUAACACUUUUAGAUUUUUUUAUUGAAUGUGUUGUAUAUUAACUUUAUGUGGGGAUAAUUUCAACAGUGGACUAAUGAACAAAUACUACACUGUUUUUUUUGUGAGUAAAAUAUCCCUUUAAGUAAAUGUCUCAUACCUCCUCUUCUACUUCACUUUACUGAGUUCACAUUCAAAUCCCAACAGACUCAGAGCCUUUGACAAUGAAUGGGAAAUAAAAGUAAAGGACGUAACGCAAACUCAAGAGUUGACAGAAGUGAACUUGGAGGAAUAUGAUGGCAAGAACAGCAGGGAUGAAAUUAUUCACGUAUAUAUGUACUGGUCCCCGGUUCAAAUGUUUAGGAGGAGCCAAACCGAUUCAAACAUUGCGAAUCACAGGUUCACUAAUGUUUUUUUACUCAUUGUUUUAUUCUGAAAAUACCUCUUAUCUGUUGUGACUGAAUUGAUGCGUCCUCUCCUUCAGUUCAGUAGCCCUAUUGAACUUUUAUGCACGUAACUGUGUGACUGUCAGAUAACAACUGUGCGCACAGUUGGGGAGACAGCUGCUCGAGCCAACGAGAGGUAGGCCUAUCCCUGUUCCAAUAGGCUAUUUGUACAUCUUCACGGCAUCUUCAGCAUUCAGAUGCUUAUAAAAUGUCUUUCACAAUGUCAAAUCAUAGGCUUUAUUAGUUGAGUGACAAGCAAUGUCAUUUGCUUGUCACUCAACUAAUUGUAACUCAACUAAUUGUUACCAAAUGCACUGUAGAAAAUUGUGUUUUACCGGAGUUGUGUAGCCUAUUGGAGUGGACGCAACUCACAUCCAACUGCAGAUUGGGGGUUUCAGUCAUUCAGAUUUUAUUUGGAAUGCUCAGGUUCACCAUCAUAAAUAGUAUUGGUAGUUUUUCUUUAAACAGUCCUUUUUGCAUGAACAGGGUAAGACGGCAACAUUUUUUGGAGCUGCGCAUGGUCGCAUUCAUUGGUCAAAGCGUAAAAUUCCAAACGGUCUAACCAUUCACUUUUGAGACGGGGUAAAAUCCAAAGCUUCGUUAUAUUAAUUGGCUAAAUGCCGUGCUAAUUUCUAAAGAUAAAUAUUGUCAUAGGACUAGCUCACAAUAUUUUUUUAUCUGUAAAUAUGAGAAGUUAAUCAGUGGGUGAUGGUGAUUUCAGAUAAAAAGUGGGGGACAAAAAGCAUAAAUUGCCCCCACCCCUAAUCUGCUAGUGGGAUGGUAGAAUCUGUCUGCUCUAUGGCUCAGGGUCAGUGCUAUCCGGGUUCCUUGAUGUCCCUACCCUCACUUUCUUAUUAUUCUUUAAUAAAAAGUUAACUGUACAAUCUGCUUCCUGCUGUUUAGGGAAAGGCAAGAUCUAUUUCUAAAAAAGAAGCCCACUUUAAAUCUUAUCUUUUUAACUAGCUCAUCAGUAUGUUUUUAAACUUUAAAUCCUAGUCAAUCCAAAAUCCCAGAUAUUUAUAGGUGGCAACCCGAUCAAUGGGAGAACCAUUCAAUUAAUAAAUACACUGAGUGUACAAAACAUUAGGAACACCUGCUCUUUCCCUGACAGACUGAGCAGGUGAAAGCUAUGAUCCUUUAUUGAUGUCACCUGUUAAAUCCACUUCAAUCAGUGUAGAUAAAGGGGAGGAGACAGGUUAAAUAAGGAUUUUUAAGCCUUCAGACAAUUGAGACAUGCAUUGUGUAUGUGUGCCAUUCAGAGGAUGAAUGGGCAAAACAAAAUAUUUAAGUGCCUUUGAACGGGGUAUGGUAGUAGGUGCCAGGCGCACCAGUUUGAGUGUGUCAAGAACUGCAACGCUGCUGGGUUUUCACGCUCAACAGUUUCCCGUGUGUAUCGUGAAUGGUCCACCACCCAAAGGAGAUUCAGCCAACUUGACACAACUAUGGGAAGCAUUUGAGUCAACGUGGGCCAGCAUCCCUGUGGAAUGCUUUCGAGACCUUGUAGAGUCCAUGCCCCGACGAAUUGAGGCUGUUCUGAUGGCAAAAGGAGGUGCAACUCAAUGUUCCUAAUGUUUUGUACACUCAGUGUAUGUAGUCCAUCUCAAUUUUUUUGCGAGAAUUAGAGAACAACAUAUAUUUAGUCUUGGUCACAUUUAAGUACAAGUUUUAAACCAACCAGGGCAUUUUGUAAGGCAACAAAGUCAGAUUGCAGCUCUAACAAUGGCUGGUCUUUAGUUGGGGCAAUGACAUGCAUAACAGUAUAGUCUGCAUACAGAUGAAUAUUACAAGUUUUAACAAAUAGACCAAUAUUAUUUUUAUAAAUAGUAAAGAGAACAUGUUCCAAACCAACCCCUGUAGUACAUCUUUCUUAAUAUCCAGGAAUUUAGACUUAACACCAUCAGAAAUUCACAUUGUUCUGUCUGACAGAGAAUUCUCAAACCACUUCUAAGAAGCCUGAUACAGGCCUAUUUCAGUCAACCUUUGAAUGAAAUUGUGAUGGUCAACAGCGUCAAAGGCCUUAGAAAGGUCUAAAAAUAAGGUAGCACAAUGAUUUUUAUGAUCUAAGCAAUUUAACACAUCUAAAACAAGCGUAGCAGCUGAAACGGUGCUAUGUCCAGGUCUAAAACCGGAUUGGUGCACAUUAACCAUAACCCUUACCUAACCGUAACCAUUUUAAAGUUCAACUUCAAUGGGGUAGGGAUGUCCCAAGGAUCCUGGAUAGCUCGGAUCUAUGGCUCAACUCAGGUACCUACACACACCGUUGACACGCACACACAUAAACACACUUUUUAUUUUAUUUCCAACACGCUGAUUGAAAAACAUAGCUCUCUCUCCACAGUGGCUUACAUCUGGGCAGUCAAGCUCUGUGGACUUACGAAAUCUGCGCAGGCGCCGAAGAGUAAGAACUCAACCACAUCCGCAAAGGAGAGGGACCUACCUCAGGUACACCCCCGAGCAAAGAGCCAAGAUUGCGCGGAUGUGCAUGGAGGUGGGUGCACAGAUGGCCGCUGCCAUGAUGUCUGAGGAAUUGGGAAGACGCAUCAGCCCCAACACUGUGAGGUCCAUGAGGAUCAGCUACGAACAGACGGUUGAAAGCAUGGGCGUCCAGAAAGUGGAAGACCUACCCCAUUUGAGGCCAUUCAGAACAGACAUGUUUGAUGAGGAGAUUACGCGCUUCGUAAUGGUGAGGAGAAGAGCCGGAGGUCAGGUUAGCCCUUCCAUGCUGAUGGUAGCCACGCGAGACAUUGUGAUGCGCAGAAACCCGGAGAUGCUGGCAGAGAAUGGCGGUCAUAUCCUAAUCAGCACAAAUUGGGCUCGCUGUUGGCUCCGGCGGUUGGCAGGAAAUAGAAUCACGUCAAAGAGGUAGUGAAGAGAUUGCAGGAGUCCUUUACUGUUAGGACAGUGUUUUUACAUUAAUGAGAAUUCUUCAUGUUUGUGUGUUGAAGUUAAGGAAGACAUGUAACAUUCCAUGUUGACUGGUUUCCAGUGUGAUGGUGUGGUUAGGAGAAUCUGCAUGCAGCAUGUAACCUGAUGCCAUUGUGCUGUGUUCUCUGAAGUUGGUGUUGGCAGUUCAUAUCUUUGAUAUCUUUAGUGUUUACAUUUAUGAAUUUUCAAACUUUUUGAAGCAAACUAUUCAGAUCAAUGCUUUUUCAUAUAUUUUGUAAGGGGAUGGAUGGGUUUGGUGUUAUAACAAUUGUAUGUAACUUGGCUGAUGUGUUGUAUGAGGUAACCACAUACGGUUUUGUUUGCUUUUUAUGUAUUGUGUAUAUUGAUGUGUGUAUAUAGAUAUGUAUUGUGUAAUUGAUGUGUGUGUGUGUGUGUGUGUAUAGUGUAAUUGCUGUGUUCAUGCAGGGCUCACCUGCGAAAGAGACCAUGGUAUCAGCAUGACUCCCUGCUUAUAUAUAGGUUAAAUUAAAUCAACUGUAUUAGAAGUUUCUGAAAAUAAAUAUAUGCACCUCAAAAUCCUUAGUGCCUCUUUCUUAUGUUUGAUUUCUUUAGUACCUUAGCGUGUGUGUGAAUGUGUUUAUGUGAUUGUGCUAGCACUACAGAGAAGCAUCGGCAUGUGCCAUGAAAAAAGAAACAAAUGAAAGCUGUAACAUGUAAUAUCUCAAACACACAGGUCAAGACUGUUUCGGCUCAGAAAAGGUGGCGUGUUUGUGUAAAGAAGUCGGUCAUAGAAGAUGAACCUGCUGACUCAUCAGAUGCUGGUAUACAGGUACAUCUAAAUAGGCCUCUUUCCAUCAUUAUUUGUGGUAAAAAUAGGAGGGGGGGAAAAAGAGAAGUGAAAUUAAGAAAGCUGCUUGUUGCACUGACUUGAGUUUAAGAACGUGAGAAGAAAGAUGAUGCUUCUGAUCUGUCAAGCCCUGAGAGUGAGGCUGAUUACUCAAUCAGAAUCAAAGACAUUUACAUAUACCAGGAAUUUGACUUAGUGAAUAGGUGCUGCAAGCAAUGGACAAUGUACAAACAGAGUACAGACACAGUCAACAAAGUCAACAUACAUGAUAUACAAUAUAAGGGGUAAUAUCUUUGUAUGCAGAGGAAGGGAUGCUGCCGUGACAAAUAUAUUCAGUGCAUAUACAGUGUUGUGUACAUAGUGCAAAUGCAGUAUAGUCCAGUUAUUAGAAUAAGAGGUAAUUAAUGGCAAGGUGCAGUGUUCGGCUCAAAUGCGUUGUGUCAGGUACAACUUCAGUAUAUUGAGUUGUAUGAAAUGAAUGUGUAGACAGUGUGACAAACGUUCCUCUUGGUCUUUCUCCUCAGCACCAGAACACCACUGAAUCCCGCGAUGUGGAGAAAAGUUUUGAACCAGAAAGUUAUUUGAACUUUGAAGAAAACCGCUUCUUGACUUCACCAGUCAACAUCAUGGUCCCGAAAUGUGUGAAGCUACCAGGUGCAGCAGCUGUCAUGGACACCCAAUUAGACAAGUCCAUGGACUUUGACAACAUGAACAACUCCGGAAGAAAGAAGAGAGGUAGAAAAACUGGCCCUUGUAAAGGCAAUGUCAAUUACUGUUUUGUAUGUGGAGAGCCCCAAUCGAAGAUCUCCCGCCACUUGAAACAGCAUGAGAAGGAAAAUGCUGAAAUUGCUUAUGCCUUAAGUCUUGACAUAGCUUCAAGACAGCGGAAAGUGUUGCUGGAGAAACUGAGGAACAAGGGAAAUUUCCAACACAACACUAACGUCGUAAAUAAGGGAUCCGGGUGUCUCAAAGUAAAAAGGAAACCCAAACCUAAUAGUGGCGCGAAAAGAUUUGAACCUUGUCUUUACUGUAAAGGUAUGUUCAUUUGGCAAGAUGUGAGGAGGCACAUGGGAAGAUGCCCUUGUAGACCUGAGGAUGGAGAUAAAAACCAAGAACAUUAUGGCAAGAAGCGGUUCUUACAGAGCUGCUACACUGGACGCGUGAGCAGCAUGUUCAAUAAAAUCGAUGUGCAGCUCACGCCUGACGGAGGGAUUAACUAGCACUUGCUUCACCCUCAUGUGGGUGCUAGCAAGCAUGCUAGGUAUCAACAGCCAAUCCAUUAGGGUCUGGAAGCUAUAGUGUGCUUCAAUUGGUCAAUCGCGCUGCGUUAUCGCAGAGUAUUUGCAUAAAGUUCAGCUUUCCCCAAUUUAGGUCCCGCUCUGUUCACGCUCCCUGCCCACUUCGCUUCUCUUCCACUGAAAAUGAAUGGCUUUCCGUAGUUUCAUCGACCACAUCGUCUUUAAUUAAAAGGUACCGUGAGAGCAUUUGAUAAAAGGGCUCAAGCUUUCUCCAGUAUACAUUCUGUAGUAGCUAAAUGCCUACAAUGACGGUCUGCUUUCGUUAAACCAACGCUACGCCCCCAGUAUAGCAGCUUUGUUAGGGGCUGAACUCAAAUCGCUAAGCUCAUAAACCAAGUUGCAACCAUAGAUGUGUAAUACUGUAUCAAUUAUCCCAACAUAGUGUUCAGAGUGGACGGUCAGAUUUAUUUUGGUUCUAUUCUUUCUGUUCUUUUAAAGGGAGGUUGAACUUCCUGAUUUAGCCUCGGUUUAAAUUCUCCUCUUUAGGAAAUGCGACUGAGAACGAGAUUUGGGUUUUGGAGGCGUGCUUUGAUGUGUGUGUGUGUGUGUGUGUGUGUUGAACGUGGGAAGCGUUUGUACUUUCACUCUGCCAAAACAGUACACAGUUACUCACCUUUCUAGAUAACGUGAAACAGCGUAACCAGGUGUUGUGUCUUGAAGUAGCCUAGACUAGCUACCAAGCUUGCCAACUUCUUUCGCCAGUUAGCUUCAGCCGGCAGUGUGCAACCGGGGCAGUUGGUUUGACUGGAUAGCCUAGGACUUAAAGUUCUCAGUCACUGCUGGUUUGGAGAUGACAUAGCCUAAUACAGACAGAAGCAUGUCUCUUCUACAAAAUAUAUUCACAAAUAUUUUAUUUGUUACGCUGUGUGCACUGAACUGACAUCCAUGAUUGUUGAUGACACAGCAGCGCUCAACUCAAUGGUGUGUAGCCUGCUGUAGCUGCUGACAAAGUAAUUCAAAGCCUAUACUUUAUCACUCAGGAUGGAACUUUCCAGUGCUACUAUUUUUGCCAUGUAAUGUUGUUAUUAAAACUAAAUCAGACAACCCCAUAGUAGAAUAGUUUACCUAUUUACCUAGUCGGCUUUUGUGUUCUAUGCAAGAUAAAUAUUCCUCUCGAGCACAGGAGGUUGGUGGCACCUUAAUUGGGGAGGAUGGGCUUGUGGUAAUGGCUGGAGCGGAAUUGGUGGAAUGGUAUCAAAUACAUCAAACAUAUGGUUUACAUGUGUUUGAUGCCAUUCCAUUUGCGCCGUUCCAGCCAUUAUUAUGAGCCGUCUUCCCCUUAGCAGCCUCCUGUGCUCUCGAGGUGCAUUCAAGUUGCUAGAGCCAUAGGAGGGAAACGUAUUCUGACAAGUCAAUGCAGAAAUGUUCUUAAUGCAAUUGCGGGAAAACACUGUUGAAAGCAGUUUUGGCAAAUGUAUUUUGAAAGAGGGAGAUCCCUGUUUUUUUUUAUUUCUCUACUCCUUCAAUUGCGUGUAUGGCAUCGUUUUACAACCAGAGUUUCAAGCAUAGUUUAGGCUCAGCUGCGUAACGGGGGAAUUUCUUAAAAGGGCAAUGACAUACUUUGUAAUAGAAACAAAAAAAUCAAUUUUUUUGCAUACUUAAUAAAUUAUUUAUAUAUUUAUAAUACAAAUUGUAUUAAUAAUAAUAAAAAUCUGAAUGUGUCCAGUGGGGUAAAUGCAGAUGGACAUGCUUCAGUCUAUGUACAUUUGAUAGCCACAAUGUUUCAUCAGUUGGGCUACAGGUGAUAAUGCUUAUUGCUAAUAGCACAUCUGAUAAUAUACAGUGCAUUCGGAAAGUAUUCAGACCCCUUGGGCUGGAUUCACAAAACACUUCUUACACAAAAACUUAAGAAGCUUCUUAAGGAAAAAAAUAAUAAGUUCCUAAGUGCAAUUCCUCAACAAUAUCUUAAGAUUUAAUGAUUUUCUUACGAACUUCUCAAAUAGCUUCUUACUAGUCUUUUUAAGAUUAACUUGACCCCAGACAAUCGAUAUAGGAUCGUCUUAAGUUUUAGUCAUGGGAUUUUUUUUGCUUUAACCCAUGGGCUAGUUAGGGACCGUCAAUAAAUUACACAAUGUAAAUGGAACAAUAUGUUAAUGUUACGCAACUUUUAGUUUUAUUCAUUUAGCAGACGCUCUUAUCCAGAGCGACUUACAGGAGCAAUUGGGGUUAAGUGCCUUGCUCAAGGGCACAUCGACAGAUUUUUCACCUAGUCGGCUCAGGGAUUAGAACCAGCGACCUUUCGGUUACUGGCACAACGCUCUUAACCACUAAGCUACCUGCCGCCCUGGAGUAAUAUGAUCAAAUUGGUUGUCUCAUUUAAAUGCAUUCAAUAUUUGUAUAUAUGAAUUUGUACAAUUUAUAGUUGGUUUGAAGUUAAGUCACUGAAAUUUGGAGCUAUUGACAUUUUACAAUAUUGUCCCAUGUACAUUGUGUAAUUUGCUGAUGGUCCUUAACCUCUACCGGAUCGGUGUCCCGUAUACGGGAUGGUUGAGCUAAUGUGCGCUAAUGUGAUUAGCAUGACUGUUGUCAGUAACAGCAAACUUUCCAGGACAUAGACAUGUCUUAUAUGGGCAGAAAGCUUAAAUUCUUGUUAAUCUAACUGCACUGUCCAAUUUACAGUAGCUAUUACAGUGAAAAAAUACCAUGCUAUUGUUUGAGGAGGGUGCACAACAACAAAAAACGUAUCACGGCAACUGGUUUGAUACAUUCACCUCUGAAGGUAAAAUAUGUACUUACAUUCAGUAAUCUUGCUCUGAUUUGUCAUCCUAAGGGUCCCAGAGUUAAAAUGUAGCAUCGUUUUUUGUUUGAUUAAAAAAAAAAAAAUUUAUAUUCAAAUGUAGGAACUGGGUUCUACAGUUUGAACCCCUGCUGUCACUGGCUCCACACCCACCCCUCCCGGCCAUCUAGAUGUGUGAAAGUUAGUGUAUAAGCUAAUGAUCCAUCAUGUAUAAUCAAUCAAUAAAUCAAAUUUUAUUUAUAAAGCCCUUUUUACAUCAGCAGAUGUCACAAAGUGCUAUACAUAAACCCAGCCUAAAACCCCAAACCGCAAGCAAUGCAGAUGUAGAAGCACGGUGGCUAGGAAAAACUCCCUAGAAAGGCAGAAACCUAGGAAGAAACCUAGAGAGGAACCAGGCUCUGAGUGGUGGCCAGUCCCCUUCUGGCUGUGGCGGGUGGAGUUUAUAACAGUACAUGGCCAUUAAGGCCAGAUUUUUCUCUCAAGAUUUUCAAACGUUCAUAGAUGACCAGAAGGGUCAAAUAAUAAUCACAGUGGUUGUAGAGAUUGCAACAGGUCAGUACAUCAGGAGUAAAUGGCACUUGGCUUUUCAUAGCCAGGCAUUUUGAGGUUGAAAUAUCAAGUGCGGUAGAGAGAGAGAGAGUUGAAAUCAGCAGGUCUGGGACAAGGUAGCGCGUCCGGUGAACAGGUCAGGGUUCCAUAGCCGCAUGCAGAAAAGUGGAAACCGGAGCAGCAGCAUGACCAGGUGGACUGGGGACAGCAAGGAGUCAUCAGGCCAGGUAGUCCUGAGGCAUGGUCCUAGGGCUCAGGUCCUCCGGGAUGGGAGGGAGAGAGAGAAUAAGAGGGAGCAUACUUAAAUUCACACAGGACACCGGAUAAGACAGGAGAAUAACACCAGAUAUAACAGACUGACUCUAGCCCCCCGGCACAUAGACUAUUGCAGCAUAGAUACUGGAGGCUGAGACGGGGGGGUCGGGAGACACUGUGGCCCCGUCCGACGAUACCCCUGGACAGGGCCAACCAGGCAGGAUAUAGCCCCACCCACUUUGCCAAAGCACAGCCCCCACACCACCAGAGGGAUAUCAACAGACCACCAACCUACUACCCUGAAACAAGGCUGAGUAUAGCCCACGAACAUCCACUGCACGAACCCAAGGGAGCGACAAACCGGACAGGAAGAUCACAUCAGUGACUCAACCCACACAAGUGAUGCACCCCUCCUAGGGAAGGCAUGGAAAGCACCAGUAAGCCAGUGACUCAGCCCCCGUAAUAGGGUCAGAGGCAGAGAAAUCCCAAUGGAGAGACAGAAACCGGCCAGGCAGAGACAACAAGGGCGGUUUGUUGCUCCAGUGCCUUUUCGUUCACCUUCGCACCCCUGGGCCAGACUACACUCAAUCAUAGGACCUACUGAAGAGAUGAGUCUUCAGUAAAGUCUUAAAGGUUGAGAACGAGUCUGCGUCUCUCACGUGGAUAGGCAGACUAAUCCAUAAAAAUUGAGCUCUAUAGGAGAAAGCCCUGCUUCCAGCUGUUUGCUUAGAAAAUCUAGGGACAAUAAGGAGGCCUACGUCUUGUGACCGUAGCGUAUGUGUAGGUAUGUACGGCAGGACCAAAUCGGAGAGAUAGUUAGGAGCAAGCCCAUGUAAUUUUGUAGGUUAGCAGUAAAACCUUGAAAUCAGCCCUAGCCUUAAAAGUAAGGCACUGGAGUAAUAUGAUCAAAUUAUUUGGUUCUAGUCAAGAUUCUAGCAGCCGUGUUUAGCACUAACUGAAGUUCAUUUAGUGCGUUAUCCGGGUAGCUGGAGAGUAGAGCAUUGCAGUAGUCUAAUCUAGAAGUGACAAAAGCAUGGUUUAGCUUUUCUGCAUCAUUUUUGGACAAAAAGUUUCUGAUUUUUGCAAUGUUACGAAGAUGGAAAAAAGCUGUCCUUGAAAUAUUCUCGAUAUGUUCGUCAAAAAAGAGAUCAGGGUCCAGAGUAACGCCGAGGUCCUUCAGUUUUAUUUUAGAAGACUGUACAACCAUCAAGAUUAAUUGUCAGAUCCAACAGAAGAUCUCUUUGUUUCUUGGGACCUAGAACUAGCAUCUCUGUUUUGUCCGAGUUUAAAAGUAAAACAUUUGCCGCCAUCCACUUCCUUAUGUCUGAAACACAUGCUUCCAGGGUAGGCAAUUUUGGGCCUUCACCAUGUUUCAUCGAAAUGUAGAGCUGUGUGUCGUCCACAUAGCAAUGAAAGUUAACAUUGUGUUUCCGAAUGACAUCACCAAGAAGUAAAAUAUAUAGUGAAAACAAUAGUUUGGCUUUUUCAAGAGGCUUUAUUACUGCCACUUUUAGUGAGUUUGGUACACAUCCAGUGGAUAGGGAGCCAUUUAUUUGGUUCAACAUAGGAGGGCCAAGCACAGGAAGUAGCUAUUUCAGUAGUUUAGUUGGAAUAGGGUCCAGUAUGCAGCUUGAAGGUUUAGAUGCCAUGACUAUUUUCAUGAAUGUGUCAAGAGAUAUAGGAUUAACAAACUUGAGUGUCUCCAUUGAUCCUAGGUCCUGGCAGUUUUGUGCAAACUCAGGACAGCUGAGCUUUGGAGAAAUACGUAGAUUCAAAGAGGAGUCCGUAAUUUGCUUUCUGAUGAUCAUGAUCUUUUCAUCGAAGAAGUUAAUGAAUUCAUCACUGCUGAAGUGAAAGGCAUCCUCUCUUGGGGAAUGCUGCUUUUUAGUUAGCUUUGCGACAGUAUCAAAUAUACAUUUUGGAUUGUUCUUAUUCUCCUCAAUUAAGUUGGAAAAAUAGGAUUAUCGAGCAGCAGUGAGGGCUCUUUGAUAUUGCUCUGUACUUUCUUUCCAAGCUAGUAGGAAGACUUCCAGUUUGGUGGAGUGUGUAAACGUACAUUUUGUAUUACCAUAUCAUUUUGGUAUGUUCUCUAUAGUUAUGUACUUGGAAAUGUAUCAAUUGACCAAUUCGGCACAUUUGGGCAGACUUGAUACAAAAUAGUCCAGUAUUGCGAUGCUUCACUGGAUCAAUCUGAAACUUUGCACACACACUGCUGCCAUCUAAACUGCACCUAAACUGCAAUAUUAUAUUGUGGCCUUUCUCUUGCGUUUCAAAGAUUAUGAAAAAUAAAUAUUUUUUUUGUUUGUAUUAUCUUUUAUCAGAUCUAAUGUGUUAUAUUCUCUUACAUUAAUUUCACAUUUCCACAAACUUAAGUGUUUCCUUUCAAAUGGUAUCAAGAAUAUGCAUAUCCUUGCUUCAGGUCCUGAGCUACAGGCAGUUAGAUUUGGGUAUGUCAUUUUAGGCGAAAAUUGAAAAAAAAAGGGUCAGAUCCUUAAGAGGUUAACUAGCCCCAUGGGGGAUAUCAAAUGCCAAAACAAACUGACAAUGGGCAUUACGCGUCUAUCAUAGUCCAAAACGUGUAUGCGGCGUACACAUUGCAGGGUUCUAGAAUAAUGGACCCGUUGGCUUUCAUACUUUUUGAAUUCUCAGCACAGCUCUAACAGUUUCUCUAAAUGUCAACACAUUCAAAUGAAUAGAGGACCCAUACCGGAGCAGUGUUGGUUGGGAAGUGUGGGGAGGUGGCGUUCGGGGUUUCAGAGCAGUGUAGCUAUGUCACAAUGGGAUGCCGGAUUAUCGCGUCUCAGCAUUGCUCCGAAUGUAUGAUUUACUUGGGUGCUGCCAGCUGUAGGUAGGAUUGAAAUUAACCCAAGGAAAACUGUUAUGGUACCCUUCAUUCUGUGACAUACAAUUUCCCCCCCCCAAAUUAUCUCGCAAAUCACGGUUUUGGACGAGACUGACUUUAUGACCCAAAUUAUCCUAUCUACACUUUGUAGUCAAUUUUGACACUAGAAUAAAUGUUUCUGACUCAUAUCGAGGUUUGUGUGGUGGUAUUCAUACAUGAAUAAACUUAUUGUCAUGUUUUAAAUGUUUCCCCCCCAUUUCUACUAGUAUUAGAAACAGUUGAUUAAUAUUGAGAUUACAGUGGAGGCACAUUUUGAGAUAGAAAGAGCAUAGAAAUAGAAUGAAAGACAUCAUUUGAGAGACAUUUGUAGCCCAUUAAGUAAACGUAAUAUUUUGACUAGUGACAUCAGUUGCUUGUCGUAUAGUUGAAUUGAUGGCAAUUACAUUUCAAAUCAAUCUCAAAUUCAAUUAAUUCAAUUCGAAAUUAAUUUUGGUAUUUGCACCACACCAUUAUUGCGUGACCUCGUGACAGAACUCGUCAAUAUCUCCGCCCCAAAUAGGCAGUCAUGCACUACCAUUGUUCAACCAUUUGUUUUGCCAGAGAAAAGGCAAACGUGUAGGAUUCGAGUAGAUUUUGAUAGUCUAAACAUUCUUGUUUUCUAAACAAAGUUAAAGAUUUACUAGCAAAUGACAAUGGAGAAUGCUGCCCACCUUCAAAGUCAGCUAACCUCUCUCAUGAACGCUGUAAUGAGGGCAGCGGUCGUGGAAAUAGUCAGACUUGUAGAGGGCAGCGCCGUGGUCCUUCGCGAAGAGUUGUACAAGAGUAAACGGGAGAACGAAGCACUGAAAGCCGAGAAUGAUUCGAAUAAAAAUAAACUCAAACAUUUGGAAGCAAAGCUAGCGGCGGAGCAGCGUUCCGUCGGUUGUCAUGUAGCCGAAGCUGGUGGCGAUAAAGGUAGUGUGUGUGGAUAGUUGAAAGAUUCGAGUUAUUGUAUUUCUUUUUUUAACGUUACACGAUUUCUUUCUGGGCAAAUAAACAUGUGUUAUGGUUUCUUCUGUUUAUGGUAAUUAUAUAGAUGAAUUUGUCCACACAAAGGAUGUUAAGGCUUGUGCAGAGAAGACCGGCGCAGGGCUGCAAUCUCUGGAGUCAGCAGGCCAAUCCCAGGUUAGUAAUAUCGUAUAAACACAGAUGGAACAAUGAGCCAGAUAUUUCACCGGAUGUAUACUGAAUACCACAUAUGCUGACGAGAGGAAGCCCAGUGGCCGGCAGUGGAAGAAGAUGGAGCGGGAUGGGUUUUGGCCGAUAUUAUGCUUAUAUUCUAAUCAAUUAAACAUUUGAUCCCAAUAGUUUUCUUUUCCCAAAACUAAAAUAUGUUAUGAACAGAGUGGACUAAGUUUUGUAGAUCUUACCCUUUGCCAAAGUAAAAAUGUAAACCGUUUAGUAUUGCAAGGGCGAUAGAGGCGUUCCCUACUAGAACGCGCCAAUAAGAUCUCGCUAGCUCGUGCUUGGCUCUGCCCUCCUAAUUUGUUCCCAUUGGAAAUGACAGGCUGUGGUCUAUCUUGGGUUAGUUAUAAAAUUAUUUGGUAUAAGGGCAGUUCCAUGGUAUCUGACUGAUCCUUGGGAAGGUCCCAUACCAUCGAAGUUUACAUUUUAAAAUGGAAGGGACAUCGCAAGGAUCCCUGAUAGCACUAACCCUAGCUAGGUUUCCAUCCGAUAGAGAGCCAUAGUAAUGGCGUCUUUUUGUAGGCACGAACUCCGCCGUGGCUCGUUGGCCAAAGCCUAUGGGGAAAUUAAGUUUUUGGAUAAACGCUGAAAAUAAGAUCUGUGUUAAACACGCUUAGGAGAUUUUAUAACUUUUUGUUAUAUGAGAUCAGCUAAUUUUGAAGCGUUUAUGUAAUAAAAAAAAAAGCGAAGGCUUCAUCAUUCAUAAAGGUCAUGUUAACUGACUGAUAUUAUCUCAUGGAACAAAACGUGUAAGAUCUCCUAAGCCUAUGUUAACCUCUGUCCUUAUUUUCGGCAUUUAUCCCAAAACCAUAUUCUUUCCCCCAUAGGAAUGUCUGAACGAACCAGAUGUAACUCAUUUCCGUUUUUUAGGACUACAAGCUGGUGAGCUCUAUUGGGGACAUAUUUUCAUGCAAAUAUUCUAAAAUCUGCAUAAAAACAUUUUUUGUAUUUCCCACGAGAUGUUUCCAUCAAAUUGACUUGUUGCGUAUAAAAGGCUGUGCGUGAUGACAUAGUGCACAUAAAAAUAACUUGCGGUUAAAUUCCCGCGCGUGUGUGUAUAUAUAGCGAAUGUGCGCACUCUGGUCUUGGUACCUGCGCUCUAGUCAACAGCUCCCAGAUACACUGCGGGUAUAGCCUACUACAUGAUGAGAUUGUUAUGGAUUAUUUUUUUGUCAAACGGCAGCCAAACAUCGAUCGUCAUGUCACCAGAAUAAGACCCUCUAUUUAUUGGAAUGCAGCUCAUCACUGUGCACUUUCAUCACCCUGUGGAGUUCAUCAUAACUUAUGUCAUCUGUAGCCUAAUAAACAACAUGCUUUCCCGAGUCGUAGUGGGAGGACAACACAACAUAUUGUGACUCCAAGUUUACUUCGAUAUGGUUAUUAUAUCAAUAUUUGCGCAUAAAGGAAUCUCAACCACCAUUUCUCACGUAAUUAAUUUUACAGACACAAAAAGAUCCCACCUUGUUUAGCCUAUUUACUUUUGUCGACGUUUAGAAAGUUAACUGACAAAUUAGCUGUUUCCAUCAGGCCUGUCAUGACAUUUUUUAUCCGACAUUACUCACAUAAAAAUGUUGGAUGGCAACCUGGUUACUGAGACUCAGAUUUUUCACUUUAAAAGUUAAACAAACCAUAACUCGAUGCACAAGUACCACUUUUAAAAUGUACUGAAUGUUACAAAAUACAUUUACUUGAAGAACAGUGCAGAUGCAAAGUUUGCUAACAGAAUUAUGGUUUGUGCUGUUUGUCAUCAUUCUGUUACAAAACUUUGCAUCUGCAUUGUUAUUCUUGUGCAUAGAGUUGUAUGCUUUGUUUAACUCUGCAAUAAUUUGUUUGAAGUUUUACACAUUUUAAAGUGAAAUAUCUGCGCCUGUCUCACUGUUAUCGUGGAAUUGCCUAUAAUUAUAUACUAACCUGUAUAUUCAGAUGAGGUGUUCAGUGCAUGUACUAUGUUAUGUGCAGUCGUUUCCUAGUGGAAAUCAUGUGGGACUUCAUUGUGUUUGAUGCAGGCUACAGCUUUCAAGGAAGGGGAAGGCCUAAAAGUUGUUGCCAUGGAGAAGGAUGGAAUAAAAGUACUUCCCAUCAAGAAGGAAAUAAAUGAAGGCACAGAACAUGACACACCAUCUCCAAUGACAGGUGAGUGCGACUGUAACUCAUCAUUGCCCUAUAUGUAUUGGAAAUAUGGAUACAUCACAACUCUGUUUGAGAAUAGUGGAUAACCUUUUUUCCCAGACACAUAAUAAGCUAAUUUGAAGAGAAAGUUGUAUUUACUAUAAUGGCACCGGUCUCUGUUUGCAGGUGAGCAGCUGUGUCCCAAAGUGGACAUGGUGUAUGGCAAGGAGUGGAGCCAAAGCCUGUGGCGAGACGGAAAAGAAAAACGAGACAAUAAGGACAGAACAGAGGAGAAAGAAACUCCAGGACCAUCAAUGACCCAGCAUCAGGUCAGUCCCCUUCCUCUCAGAGGUUUUUAUCUGAAUGAAGGACUAUGUCAUACAAACACACAUGAUGUUGACAUGGUUGCGAUUAUCAGGUUGAUUGUGACCUAUACACACACCAAGGAACUCGCACAGUGCUUCAUUCCAUGAUUGAUUCUAUUGAGCCAUGUUGUGGUCAUAAAAUAAAACGAAUCAGAGACAUUGCGAAGGAUGGGGAAGUAAAACACCGCAGUCAAACCAAACAAUGCAAACGUUCUUCAAGAAGUAAACCUGUCCCAGCUCUUCAAGUGCUUUGCGUCUCCCAAGGUCCUGCAGCAUCUGGAAAUGAACAACAAAAUCAAUCCCCUCAAAAGACAACAGAGAACAAUAAUAAAUAAAAAAACCUCUUGAAUCUUAUUGAAUGGACAGAUAUAGCCCUUUGUAUCAACAUGGGCAUCAGACUACCAGGCAGGCUACCAAGUCUCUUUACGUGUUUAUUUACAUACAAUUCGUCAUCUUCUUACAGAAUAGAGGUCCACUUCAGUGCAGUAAGAUGAAUCCAUCCACUCCCAUCCUCAGUCGUCUGUGAUCCUGAAUGAGACACGUAUCCUGACUACCGACUUAAGAGGGAAUCUCUGAAUUAUCUG